CGUCGGGGUUGUUUUCUCCCAUCAGCCGCUGGUCGUCUCCACUGACGUCAGUCACAGGUUUGCUGAUAUGAUACAGGCAUCUGUUUCUGGUACCUCAUCGCUGAUAUUCAAAGAUGUCGAUAAUUUCCAUGCAGGUUUCCUCGCGAGGACUACACGUAGGUUGGGUCACCAUCAUGCUGGCCCUCCUCGCGUCAAUGGGUGGAUUUAUAUUCGGGGACGAUUGCGCAUUUUCUGACGUAAGGGAAGGUUUGAUUGUCAGCCUUCUUUCCAUUGGAACGCUUGUGGGUGCCCUUAUGGGAGCCCCCAUUGCGGAUUGGCUUGGUCGUCGCUAUGCAAUGACGACGGAAUGUGGAAUCUUUAUCAUUGGUGUAAUCGUUCAAAUCACCUCCACCCACGUCUGGCAACAGUUUGCCGUAGGACGGUUCAUCAGUGGAUUAGGCGUUGGCGCACUCAGCGCCGCCGUUCCCAUGGUUUGUUGCCCUUCACGGGUGCGCGAGGUACUAUCGACACUGACUAUUUCCACACUUUUCAUUACCUUUGGGAUUUUGGUUGCAUACUGCAUUUCAAUUGGUGCAAGGUCAAUUGCCCAAUCUGGCUCUUGGAGAACUGUCGUAGGCAUUGGUAUCUUAUGGGCCCUGAUCCUCGGUAUCGGCAUAUUAUUCAUGCCAGAAACUCAUGGACGCAUGGAAGAAGCACAAGUAUCCCUCGCCGUUACUCGCGGUAUCCCUGCUAGCGAAGCAGACAAACACAAUUUCCUUCGUCGUGAGGCUGAAGGAAUCAAGCAAAACGUCGAAUAUGAAAAGCACACGAAAGGCGGCUGGGUCGAUUGUUUCAAACCCAAGGACAAAAUCUUGUAUCGCACUCUGCUUGGAAUGAGCUUGCAGAGCCUUCAACAACUUACAGGGGCAAACUACUUUUUCUACUAUGGAGCUACGGUCUUUCUAUCCGUUGGCCUUUCCGAUCCGUACGUCACGCAGAUUAUAUUGGGGACUGUUAAUUUCGUCUGCACCUUCGGCGGUAUGUAUGUAAUGGAAAGGGUGCGUCAUCGUCCAUUGGCAUCCGCUUCACCCCUUUUCGAGUCUCUUACAUUUAGUUCGGACGACGACGGCCCCUCAUCUGUGGAGGCUUGUGGCAAUCUGCAUGGCUUCAUGAUCGUGGCCGCUUGCUUGUUCAUCUUGGGUUACGCAAUGACUUGGGCACCUGGCGUUUGGAUAUUGAUUGGCGAGACGUUUCCUACCCGGACGCGGGCAAAACAGGCCAGUUUGUCUACAGCAGGGAAUUGGAUGUGGAACUUCUUGAUCGCCUUCUUCACACCGUUCAUCGGGAGCGCCAUUGGUUUCAAGUAUGGUUAUGUGUUCGCAAGUUGCAACCUCCUCGGGGCCGUUGUCGUCUACUUCUUCCUCUAUGAAUCUUCUGAUUUGACAUUGGAAGAAGUCAACAUGAUGUAUACCGACCCCACCUGCAAGCCGUGGACGUCACGCCAAUGGGCACCAUCAGGUUACUCGUCGCGGCGGGAUCUGAUUGAAAAGGACAGAAGCGACGAGUCAAACAACAUUGAAGAUGCUCAGGUGCAGAAUAUUACAGGACGGAGCUGUUUGAAAAUCUUGUGUACAGGAUGAGAUCUCCACCUCCGACAACACUCUAGUCUAGUCGAAUUGUAAUUUAUCUAGGACGACCCCC